UCUGCGGGAAGGCAAGGAUGGCCGAGACCCCUUGCACCACCACGGUGUGGCAGAGGCUCUGCAGGAAGGAGACAGGGUCGUUGCUCCACGAGGCGCUGGGCGAAGAGAAGGGGAAGAGGGGCAGGUCGCCCAGCCCCGCCUCGAUCGCCAUCACCACCUCCAGGGACAGGUUGUAGGGCAGCAGCCCCGGCAUGCCGUUUAGGUUGGACACGGCGAGCAGCAGCGCUUCCCGCGGCGAGGGGGGCGGCCGCCGCUCCCCCCCCGGGCCGCCCCCAGCCCGCCGGCCCCGUGGUCCCUCGAGGCGCCCGCCCGGCACCUCCCCGGGCCAGGCAGCGGCGGCGGAGGGGGCGGCGCGGGGCUGCAGGUGGGUGGCCCCCACCCGCACCGUGUGCCCGAUGCGCCGCAGGAUCUGGCAGGGCUGCGGGUGGGACGCGGAGCCGGGCAUCGCGGCCAGCACCAACGCGCAGGGCGGCAGCAGCAGCAGGCACACCCGACCCAGGACCCCGCGCACCCCCGGCCGACACAUGGCCGGGAGCCCCCCGCCACCGCCGCCGCCACUGCCACCUCCUCUGGCCCCGCCACCCGCAUCAGCCGCCCCGCGGGCAGGCGGCAGCGGCAUCAGCGGCGGCGGGCAAGCCCCGCGCAGAGCCGCCCCCGCCACCGCCCAUGGGGCCGCCGCCGCGCCCCCGCCUCCGCCCCGGGCCUGCGGGGAAGGUUCAGCCCCCGGACCGCCCCCCUCAGAUCCGCGGCGGCACCCACACCUGCGACCCUCUGCGCUCGCCCCGCCCGGGCGCUCGCUCCGCCCGGCUGUCCCGCCGGCAGCGGGAUGAUGCGCUGCCCCUUCCCUGUCUUGCCUUGCCCUUCCCGGCCGCCCCUCCGCUUCUCCCGACAAGCACCUCCACGGCCCCGAUCCACGCUCCGAGCCCACCGGGCUCGCCCCUGUCCGGCUCCGCCGCCGCCGUCCCGCGUUCCCGACCCCUCUCCACGCCCCGCAGCGGCUCCCCUCCUGCACCCCUCGGCCCAGCUCCCUGCCCCGGACCCCUGCCCGCGUCCCCCGCAGCCCUCGGAGCGCUCUGGAGCCCGGCAAAGUUGGCGGCGAGGCCACGGGCGAUCGCUGGGCUGCGCUGCACUCCCGCCGGGAGGGACCCGAGUGGCAGCCCCGCUGGGCUCCUCCCCGGGCCGCCGGGACUCGCCCCCCCUGGGCCGCCCAGGGGAGGAAGGGUUUUGGGGAGGCCGCCCGCUUGGAACCCCGGGGAGCGUCCCGGGACUGCCCCGACGCAGCCCCUUGCCCGGGGAUGCCGCGGGGUCCUCCCACACCGCGUCGGAGGAGCGGAGCAGUUUUCCGUGCCCCAGGGCACGCGAAUGGGAGGAGUUGGUUUUCUGGUUGUGAGAAUGAGCUCACUUGAGAUCUGUACAACUCCAGAGGUGUUGUCUUUAUCUGCAUCCUAUUUGACAAGUUUGGAAAAAAACCUGCUUCAUUGUAGGAGCAGAUCUUUCUCUGGCUUUGGGGAACAGAAGGCAUUAUUUUAAAACAAUAAGGAUCUACAUAGCUGACAUCAAGAAAGGCUUUGCUGGCUGAAGGAGGAGGUCCUGUGGAGAUAGGAUGUGAAGAAUGAAACAAAGGUGUAUGACUAAAAUUUUGAAGGACACCAUAGCCGAAAAGUAACUUUUUCUUGAUUAAGGCUAAUUUAAAAUUCACAUGUCUGUAUAUGCUAAUAAGCUUAAUGAAGUAGUGCUAUGAUGUGUAUGACUAUAUGACUCAACUCUCCACCUUGGUCCUGCUAUAUGUAAGAAGAAGAAUAAUAUUGGGCUGCAUAUCAGGAGGGUAAAAAUUUCAUCUGUUUAGGAGGGAGACCCAAAAAGACCUUGGAAACAGAUGACUGGCUACUCUCCUCUCCCUUCUCCCAAGUGAGGACACCUUCUUGGUAAGCUUCUGCAUACCAUUACUAUUACCCAGGUUAACACAAGAUUAUUGUUUUUAUUAGAUCUUUAUCAUAGCUGGUGCAUUUUUCCAUGGCAAUUUUGAAUCUGUUCCUUCAAUAAACUGCACUAUUUAUGAAUCUGUGAUUGUGAAAAUUCCCACCGAACAUGACCAGGCUGAUGGUGCAGUUUUGCUUCUAAUCAGAAAUGAAGCCCAGCCCCUCUGCUCUGAGGACCAGCUGGAAUUUAUUAUAAAUGCCCCAGCAAGGAGAUUUAUUUUCUGCCAAAUUUCAUACCCUUAACACAAUGCUUCAUGCCUGUAAAUAUCCUCCUGUGGGCAGGCCUCGUGUCAAAUUCAAACAAUGGCUUGGAGGUCAAAUGGGUUUUCACCAUGAGGGCACCAUGCUAAUUUGCUGCCCCACAAGAGAGGUUGAGACAGCUCUUCCUCCCUGAACAAAAUUCCCACUUGCUUCUGUUGGCAAUAUAAAUCCAGACAGACUGACGCUGUCAGGGGAUGCUCAAGGAGUGAGUGAGAAAAACAUACAACAAACCUCUUUGUACUUGUGGUCCCAUUUGAAUAGAAGAGCAGCAGGAGACCUUGUAACAUUGCCAGGCAGGGGCACAGAGCCCACCAAACCCUCUGGCUUUGAUAGUCUCCUCUCAAAAACCUGCUACCACAGGAAGAUUUUAAGAUAUUCCAAGUACCUAUAAAUGAAAUUAAAAAAGGAAAAAAGUCACUAAUAUUCAGUCACAGCUUCUUUCUACCACUGGGACUGAUUAAAGGUGCCAAAAGUAGGCACAAAUAUACUCUCAUUGUAAGACCCUUAUCCAUUGCCAGGAUGAGGAAGGAAAUGUCCAGCUGCACGUGACAGCACCAUUCUCUUUGUCAGUGUGAGCGACCCAAUUGAUUGUUUUUAUCGCUCCCUGUCUGAGAUGGCAGUGUAUAUCUUUCUAAACAAGAAGCUGUGAAACCUUAAUAAGAUCCCCAUUUGCCACAUAUUUUGUUCCUGCCAUUUUGAGUUUGACACUUAGUCAUGUUUUCCUCGUUGCCAGUCCUUUUAUAACACUCCCUGUUAUUCUCAUCUUGGAGAUACAUUAAUCCUGGGCAGAGCUACAACUAGUAGAGAAACACUGUAAUGGCUCAGUUGAUUACUAAGUACCUUGAUCCUCUGCCUGAAGUUUCUGCCACUGCCUGUAGCUGCUUUCAUUUUUAAGUUUAUUCCACUCAGUUUUCUUAUCUUCUAUGUUUUUUAUUCAUAGUUAUUAUGAUGGUGAUGGGAACAACUCCAGUAAAUGGGAUGGUCCCAGCACUGUUUGCAGCAUCAUCAGGUGACAGAGAGAGCCUUUAGAAGAUUCUGGGUUUAGGCAGAUGAUUAUCUGAGAAUCCAGAGGUUGGUUGGAUUUAGUGUCUCCCUCUGGAGUCUUGGAUGCAAAUUGUUGUGGAGCCAACUGUACAGGAAAGAGCUGUCUGGCUACUUGAGACCUGAAAGUACAGAGAUAUCUGACCAGGGGCCUGCCAAAGAAGUACCAGAUUUAUGCCAGAAAGGUGUUAUCCUAGUAUCCACAGUGAUUUGGUGAAGAAGAAAAGUCGACCCCACUGCAGACCAGCUUCACUGAGCUGGCACACCCUAAGCAGAGCAUGAAACUGGUUCCUGAGAUGGUGUGUGCUUGUGUUUGUAUGUCACUGCUGUGAGUGCAUCAGUUUUUUCCUGACUUCUUGUCAGCAGCCAGGCAGCUACUCAUUUCCCUAGUUUUUGUUGCAAUAGGACAUCCUCUAUCAUGGCCCUGCUCAGGACAUCCCCCAUGAAAACAGGACACCAUUCCAUGGACUUUUGUAGGAUCAGAUUGGAUUUAAUGCAACUUUCCCUGUAUGUAUUUGCUUCUUUAUUUCAGGAUGACAAUUUGAGCGAUUGUGAAGAUUUUGGGAGGUGGGAAGAGAAAAAAGAGAAAAAAUCUGUUUGAAGCCAGUGUCAAAAUAGUUACCAACAUCAGUAUCAUUUCAGUAGUGAGAUCAGACAAACACCUUCUCACAGAACAAAUACAGUUUUGAAAAAAUAUCAAUAUUGCUUUGCUGGCAUGGUGGUGCCCUUGGUUUUAUUUCCUCCCUCCCCAGUUCUGUGGCAAAUACAAAAUUAUUAACGGCUGUGUGCAACCCUUGCAUUGCUUUUGUUGGCUUCAAAAGGCCACUCGUUGUAAAUGCUCAAUAAAAAUGAAUAAAGAUUGUUUAACUUUCA